AUGCCUCGAGUGGCCCAAGUACCGCGCGCCGGUAGCGUCAGAGCGACUUCAGGGUCCAUGAAUGCAUCGCCGUUCAAAAACUCCCCAGUCAAAAUCCCCCUCAACGAUGAUGCGGAAGAAAAGGCGCGACGAGCGCAUUCGCGCCAUGCGUUUCACGAGCGCCAGCGCAACGAAUUGAAGGCAGCCGCUGCUACGCCGCUGCGCAGAAACAACGGUAGCUUGGAAGACCUCGAGAACGACACACCGGGCUCAAACCCCAAGACACCACACGCCCGCGGCAGCCGUGGCCGGCAAAUCGUUGACGAUGACGACGACGAAGGCUUUGUGGUAAGCGGAAGCGCGGUCACGCCUAUGAAACGUGUUCCGAUUCUCGCCAACUUCGAAGAAUGGAUGAAGAUGGCAACGGACAACAAGAUCAACGCAAACAACUCCUGGAACUUCGCACUAAUCGACUACUUCCACGACAUGUCGUUGCUCAAGGAGGGCGACGGAGUUAAUUUCCAGAAGGCCAGUUGUACGUUGGACGGCUGCGUGAAGAUCUACACCAGCAGAGUCGACAGUGUCGCAACCGAGACCGGCAAGCUUUUGAGUGGUCUUGCAGACAGCAACAGCAAGAAGAAGGGCAAGGAGGGCGACGAUGUUGACGGGGAAGAGAGUGAGGAAGAAGUUGACGAAGACGGCAACGUUAGGAAGAAGCCGAAGCGGAAGACUCAGCGAUCCUCCGAGGCGACCCUCGCGCCUUCCUUUUCCUCGCUGCAGCUGAAGAAGUUCGAACUAGAGUUCGCCGUAGACCCCCUCUUCAAGAAGACUUCCGCCGACUUCGACGAAGGCGGUGCCAAGGGCCUGCUUCUGAACCAUCUCAUGAUCGAUGCGCAGGGACGUAUCGUCUUCGACAGCAGCGACGAUGUCGGCGACGCACACACCUCAAAGACGAGAAAGAAGAACGACGAAGCAGAAGACGAGGACAAUGAAGACACGGAUAUGCAAGAUGCUUCGGCGAUACAGGAAGAAUCCGAGCAAGAGAAUACUGAAGAUGUCGAGAUCGACCUUGGCGCGCUGGGCUCCAAGUUUUUCUCCGAUUUGGGCCGUCUUGACGAGCUAGACGUGUGUCCGUCAUUGAAGAACUUCGAUCUUGGCAACCCCUCAGGCUCUAUGGACGUCCCGUUUCUUAAAGCGCCAGAGGACUGGAGAGGAGACCAAGACAAGGAAAGGUCCCCGGACUUGCUCGGAGAUAAUUCUGGCAUGUUCAUCGACGGCGACAACGCAGCUGGCUUCGACGAUGACGAUCUUGGCCUCGGCGGCUUCGAAAUCGGUGCGGACGUCGCUUUUGGCGAGGGCGGCGAAGCUUGGGCGAGGGAGGCCGCCCUUGAGCCGCAAAUGCGGGUUUAUGAUGCCGGUCUGGGCGAAGAUGCUGCUGGGGGCGAUGGCGUCGACAUGCUCGAUCAACGCGACGGGGACUUUGUCGUAUCAAUGUCUCACGCGCAAAGUGCCGACAAGAUGCAUGAAGACAUCUUGGGUUACUUUGACCAGGCGCUGCAGAAGAAUUGGUCGAGUGCGGAGCACUGGAGGAUUCGGAAGAUUAAGGAUGUCAACAAGCCCGCGGGUCCUGCCCGUGUGCGGAAGGAGAAGGAGCCUUUCGAGAUCGACUUCUCCGCGCCGCUUGACCAGAGCUUAGCUGAUGUCCUGUAUACACAGGCUUCCAGCAACUCGGCCAUCUCCAUGCCCAAGAAGGACUGGAAAUCAAAGUCACGUAAUCUGCUGCCGGACGAUAAACACUUUAACUCGAAGUCGCUUCUCAACCUCUUCCUCAAGCCUAAGGCUCGCCUCAGCAGACGACGAGUCCUUGGCAAUAGAGGCGGCAUGUUUGGCACCGCGGGACCGGACAGGGACGUACCAGAAGGCGAGAUGGACGAGGCAUUCUGGGCACAACAGAAGGCACCGAUGAAGAGUGAGGAAGAGACACCGCUACCGGAAGGAGACUACGAUGCCAACUUCUUCCAAGACGACGCUCUCCCCUUCGCUGGAGGGUUGGAAGACGAGGACGACGAGUUUGCUGAUGCCCGCGAGCAUUUCUCGCCCAUGGCCGAGGGUGAUGCCGGCGCUACUGAAGCAGCGGGCUUGACAGCUCUGCUGGGUGGUGAUGCUGCUACCAAUGCCCUGACAGGCGCCUUUGGCACCACGCUGGUCACACAAACUCGCCGUCUGCGGCCAGAUUACGUGCAGUACGCGCGUGUGGCUAAAAGGGUCGAUGUCAGGCGGUUGAAGGAAGAGAUUUGGAAGGGUAUGGGCCUCGAACAGCUGGACAAUGAUUCUACGCAUCUUCCUACGUCGCCACCCAAUGACCCCGUGCCCCAGGAGCCGUCCAAGCAUACAUCACUGAGAUUUACUGAGGUUAUGAACGGCCUGCACUCGGUUUACCCGAAGCAGAUGAUGGAGGAUAUCUCGACGAGUUUCUGCUUCAUCAGUCUGCUGCACCUCGCCAACGAAAAGGGACUGGUCAUAGAGAAGACCCCUGAGCUCACGGAAUUGAACAUUCGUAAGGAUUGGACGGCCGAGAUUACAGGAGCGGAGUAG